GGAUGCCAGCAGCGACUCUGCAGCAACACAUUCUUCUACUUCACUUCCACUUUUAAGUCCAGUUAACGCUGGUUAAGCCCGACCGGGGGGCCACCACGCAUUCCACUGCUUGGUUGUGAAUCGUAAACCCCCCACAUCAUAAUUUUGUUCUGGUUUGGUGUUGCUUUUUUGUUUAGAUUUUUGGGGGAUGAAGUUGCUUCUGCUGUUGCUGCUGAUGGAGCAAACGGCUUCCCAGCAGAGAGGUUUGUUCCCAGCCAUUUUGAACUUGGCCAGUAAUGCCGAAAUCUCAAGCAACGCCACAUGUGGAGACCCUGAACCGGAAGUUUACUGCAAACUAGUGGAACAUGUCCCGGGACGAUUAAUCAAGAACCCUCACUGUCCAAAAUGUGACGCCAACUCCAUUCUGUCCAAAGAACGUCAUCCCAUCACCAACGCCAUCGACGGAACCAAUCGAUGGUGGCAAAGUCCCAGCAUCAAGAAUGGACGCCAGUUUCACUGGGUCACCAUUACCCUGGAUUUGAAACAGGUCUUUCAGGUGGCUUACAUCAUCAUUAAGGCGGCCAACUCUCCUCGACCAGGUAACUGGAUUCUGGAGCGGUCUCUGGAUGGCGUGACAUUCGAUCCAUGGCAGUUUUACGCCAUCAGCGACUCAGAAUGUCUGUCACGUUACAACAUUACGCCAAGACUCGGACCUCCGACCUACAAAGGAGACACGGAGGUCAUCUGCACCUCGUACUACUCCAGGCUGGAGCCUCUGGAGCAUGGAGAGAUUCACACAUCACUGAUUAACAGUCGACCCGGAGCAGACGAUUUGACCUCGGAACUCUUGAACUUCACCUCAGCUCGUUUUAUCAGACUUCGCUUGCAGCGAAUCAGGACGCUCAACGCCGACCUGAUGACGCUGAGCCUGCGGGACCCGCGAGACGUCGACCCCAUUGUGACCCGUCGGUAUUAUUACUCCAUCAAAGACAUCUCUGUGGGCGGGAUGUGUAUCUGCUAUGGCCACGCCCAAAGCUGUCCACUGGAUCCUGUUACCAAGAAACUACAGUGUGUAUGUGAGCACAACACCUGUGGAGAGAGCUGCAACCACUGUUGCCCGGGUUACCAUCAGCAACCAUGGCAACCAGGGACUGUCACUGACGGAAACACAUGCGAAAAGUGUAACUGUCACAACAAAGCCAGCGACUGUUACUACAAUCAAACGGUGGCUGAUCUCAGGCUGAGUGUGAACACCCACGGCGUCCGACGAGGAGGCGGAGUUUGUGUCGACUGCCGGCAGAACACGGCCGGUAUCAACUGUGGGACCUGCGCGGAUGGAUACUACAGACCUGCCCGGGUUUCUCCUUAUGCUGACUCUCCUUGUGUGGAUUGUGAUUGCGAUCUUAGAGGAGCGGCGUCUUCCAUCUGCAGGAGCGAUGACACUUUGCCAGGGGUUAGUGCGGGCCAGUGUGUGUGCAAAGAAGGUUUCACAGGCCGCCAAUGUGACCGCUGUGCUUUUGGUUUCCGGGACUUCCCUCUGUGCUCUCGCUGCGAGUGUAACCUCGCCGGCAGCCUCAACAGAGACCCGUGCGACGCCUGCGCUUGCAAGGCUAACGUAAUGGGAGUUCACUGCGACCUGUGUAAAGCCGGGUUCUACAACCUGCAGGACGCCGACCCGCUGGGCUGCACCGACUGCUUCUGUUUUGGCGUGUCGGACGUCUGCGAGAGCUCCACUUGGUCUACAGCACAGGUGGUCUCUACAGACGCUUGGCUCCACCCCCUCCACAAAUACCCCGCCAUCGUCGGCAACGAGCUACCCACUUCCAGCAGCAAUACCUCCUCUGGAUCAAUCAGCAGCCAACAAGAGCUCUCGUGGGUGGCACCUGAAAGUUUCCUUGGCAACAAGCUAUCAUCCUAUGGAGGUUUCCUGAACUUUUCCAUAGUCUAUCAUGGCCCGUCGGACGACCAUUUAAUCACCGCUCACGCUGACGUCGUCAUCGAGGGUAACGGGGGAGCGCUGCACCUCUCGCUGCCUCGCGUCCUCUCCCUCUCGCCGUCAGCCGAGCACUCCGUUGCCGUAGCGAUGCUCCCGAAGCAGUUUGUCGGCGAGCAAACAGGUGUCCAGGUUAGCCGCGACGACCUGCUGUCGGUGUUUGCGGAGGUGACCUCGCUGAGGGUCCAAGUUCACCUGAACGCCUCUGCCAGUGGAGCAAUGCAACUCGCCUUGGUGUCUCUGGAUGUUGCUGACUCUCGAUCUCCAUCCAGCGUCCAGGCGGUUGCUAUGGAGAUGUGUGAAUGUCCCUGGGGGUACGGCGGUACUUCCUGUGAGUCGUGCCUUCCAGGUUUUUACAGGGUGGGCGGAGUCUUGUUCGGAGGAAACUGUAUGCAGUGCGAAUGUAACGACCAUGCCUCCGAGUGUGAUGUCAAUGGCGUCUGUCUGGGUUGUAGACACAACACCACUGGUCCGCACUGUGAUCAGUGUCUCCCCGGCUUUUAUGGUGACGCUACAGAGGGGUCAGCGGACGACUGUCGCCGCUGUCCAUGUCCUUUGACGGAGAUGUCUAACAGUUUCAGUCCAACAUGCGUGAUGGACACUUUUGGACAUGUGACAUGUGACCAGUGUCAGGAGGGAUACACUGGGACCAACUGCCAGAAGUGUUCCAGCGGUUUCUACGGUAAUCCCCAGGUAGUGGGCGGGACCUGUGUCCGCUGUGAAUGCAACAACAACGUGGACAUCAGUGAGGAGGGACACUGCGACGGCGUGACCGGGGAGUGUCUGCGUUGUCGCAGCAACACAGGCGGGAGACACUGUGAGACGUGCGUGGCUGGUUUCUAUGGCGACGCGGUGCAUGAGAAAAAUUGCCAAGAUUGCAACUGCACUCUCAGUGGCUCAUUGUCGAGCAUUUGUGACGCCACAACAGGUCAGUGCCCCUGUCGAGAGAACGUGACUGGACGGGCGUGCGACCGCUGCCAGUCGGGGUUCUUUGGGCUGCAGCGUGAGCAGGGCUGCGUCGCAUGUGCUUGCAACAAGUCUGGAUCUCUAGCUGAGUCAUGUGACGACAACGGGAGGUGCCGAUGCGUGGACGGCGUCGACGGGGACAAGUGUGACCGGUGUGGCCGCGGGUAUUUUGGUUUCCAUGCCAACGGCUGCACAGCAUGCACCUGCAACCACACGGGUGGGAACUGCCAUCAGGAGACAGGGGAGUGCAUCUGCCCCGCCCACACUGAGGGAGAUACCUGUGAAAAGUGUGAGGAAGGAUACUGGGGUCACAAUCUGGUUGAAGGCUGCAAGGCUUGCAGCUGCAGUGCAGAAGGUAGCUCCGCCCCUCAGUGUGAUCUAACCAGUGGCCAGUGUCCGUGCAAAGAGGGUUUCUCUGGCAAGUCAUGUGACCAGUGCGUGCCAGGUCACUAUGGUUACCCAGCCUGCGCGCUGUGUGGCUGUGACACGGCGGGAACGCAAGAAGACAUGUGUAACGCAACGCUUGGAGUGUGUGACUGUCGACACACGGGGGAGUGUGUGUGCAAGGCGGCCGUGGCGGGACGACGCUGCGAGGAGUGCAUUGCGGGGUUCUUUGGUCUGACAUCGGAGAAUCCGGACGGCUGCUCUCAGUGUUUCUGUUCCGGACUCAGUCAGGACUGCGAGGAGCGGGGGGGCCUCACUAGACAUCUUAUCACGCUGGGUCGCUCUCCCGCUCUGCUGCCAUUGGUUAGCCAGUCUCGCCUGCAGGGCGUCACAUCAGGAGUCUACCAGCAGGGCGGCGACAUGCUCCUCGACACUCGCCAGCUCAACACCAGCACGCUGUCGGGUCCUCUCUACUGGAGGCUACCCCCUCAGUUUGAAGGCAACCAGAUGUUGUCGUACGGCGGCAUGCUCUCCUAUGUGGUGACUUUUUACGCGGAGGACGCUCAAGGGCUGACCAAUCAUGAGCCUCAAGUGCUGAUGAGGGGCGGGACCAUGAGGAAGCUGGUUAUCUACACUGACAUGGCUGCCCCUGACAAUGGCGUCCCCACCCAGCAUGACAUGAGGCUGACAGAGCACAAGUGGAAGUAUUUUAACUCCGUAUCUGAGAAGGCGGUGAGUCACAGUGACUUCCUGUCCGUGCUGAGCGACCUGCAGUACGUCAUCAUCAAGGCUUCCUAUGGGACAAGACUGCAGCAGAGCAGGAUUUCCAACAUCACCAUGGAGACGGCAGUAGAAGAACAGGACGUGGACGGCUCAGUGGCUAGACUGAUCGAGUCGUGUGUGUGUCCACUGGGUUACGCUGGAAUGUCUUGUCAGGAAUGUGCGGCAGGUUUUUUCCGCCAGCCGCUGUCGGAGUUGUCGGCUCAGGCACGGAAGUCCCUGUUUGUGCGUCCAUGUGUCCCGUGUCGAUGCAACAACCACAGUAGCAGCUGCAACGCGGAGACCGGCGAUUGUCAGGAGUGCCAACAUUACACCAGUGGGCGGAGCUGUCACCUGUGUGCACAAGGGUAUUAUGGGAAGGUCAGCGGCUCCAUUAGUGACUGCUCGCUGUGUGCCUGCCCUCUACGGGACAACACUUUCAGUCCCACCUGUGUGUCUGAGGGACCGCUCGGAGACUUCCGCUGUACUUCCUGUCUGACAGGAUAUGAGGGGCGCUACUGUGAGCGGUGCUCCCUGGGUUACUACGGUAACCCCUCAUUGUUAGGUGGGUUGUGCACACCAUGCAGCUGCAGCAAUUGGGGGUCCCUGCAUCCUCUGUGUGACCCGCUGACCGGGCAGUGCGAAUGCAAAGCUGGGGUUAAAGGUCAAACAUGUGACCAGUGUGUUGAGCGCCACGUCCUGGAGGGAGGAGAGUGUGUGUCGUGCGAUGACGAGUGCACUGGCGUCCUGCUGGACGAUUUGGACAAGCUGCAAGAGUACUUCAGCACCAUCAACAUGAGCAGCAUUGCCAUGGCACCCUACCGCCAGCUGGUGGCGCUGGAGAAUCACACCAGAGAUAUGCAGGUGAUGUUUUCAGAACGUGUUUCCGUGGAGAUGCGACUGCCCGGAAUGCAAGAAGAUGCCCUUCAGUUGACCUCUGACCUCAGUGAUCUGAUAGAGCGGGCCGCAAGUCUGUCAAAUGACAGUGAGGAAGUGGGCGUGUCCACCAAUGAGCGCAUCUCAGACGGGGCUCAUCUGCUGGAAAACAUCAACAAGAUUCAAGACAAGAUUGAAGCUCUUGAGAGGGAGGCGGAGCUACUGAACCGGACUGCAGACAAAGCACUGGAAGCAGCCAAUCGCACACGCCUACUGGCGGACAUGGCCUCCAUGUUGGAAAGUAUGAGAGCCAUCAAUCUAACGAUGGCCAGCAGCUCAGUUACUCGGGAGCUCAGUCUCUCAGAAUCUCUCAUCCACUCGCUCCAGCUCGACUUCCUCUCCAGCGCAGAGGACGCUGCUAGUAGGCUCCGCCCCCUCUCUGCCAAUCUCACCGCUCACUUGGAAAAGCUGCAAGAAGCACAAACACACAUGGAAGAAGCCGCACGACAAAACAAUCAAACAAACAUGCUGCUGGACACCACAAACACUCUUCUCAGCCACUAUCAGUCAGCACAUCAGAACGUCAGUGAUGCAUGUACGUGCGUGGAGGACAGGAUGGAGGAAAGCCAGCUGCUGCUGAGCGACAUCGUCAACCUGACGGAAGAGUUCACCAACAUCACUGUGCAGGUGGAUGUGCUGGGAGGUGAGCUGGAUCAAUGGCGCCCUCUGCUGAGGAAGAAAGUGGAGUCCCUCGUUGUCGGAUUGAAGAUGACAGAUUCACUGGAGAGUGUUUACCGGGCAGAGAGCCACGCCCAUUUGCUUCAGAGCCACGCCCACUCUCUGCACAGCUCUCUGUCGUCAGUGUGUAACUUCUCCCAAAAUGGCAGCCGAUUGGUUCCUCUUGAUGUUGAGGUCACCGAUCUCGUCAACGAGGCCUGGCAGGUUGCCUUCGAGGCUCACCGGUCUGCUGACCACGCUCUCAAUAUGACCAGCCUAUCAGAGCAGCCGCUAUCAGUGGAGGGCGGGGCCAGGCUGAGCAAUGUCUCCAUCGUGCUCGAGGAGAGUCAUGUGAUCAACAAGACAUCUGAAGAUUUGAAGCUGAAGGUCUCCAUGGCAACCGUAAGACAGCAGAUGCUCAGCAACCUUCUACAUAACAAGAGCGUUCUCCUCCAUCAGCCGUUGAGGGAGUUGCAGAGCCUUUCUAACGGAUCGUUGCAGGUGCAGGAAGCGCAAUUGCAGGCUUCACUUGCUAGCUCCAGCCUGCAGGAGGCACUGCAGCACUUGCAAACCCUCAGACUGAAGCUGCAGGAUUCUUUUUCUGUGGUGGAGAAAACCAACAUGAGCGUGGCUGAGACACAUCAGCUGAUGACGCACACGCGCGACGCAGCCCACGAGGUGCAGCGUAAACUGGAGGAGGCGGAGCAUCGCACGCAGAGUUUGAGUGACAGGAUAAAGCCCCUGAGCAUGCUGGGAGAAAGCCUGAGCAGGAACCUGUCUGAUAUUAGAGAGCUCAUCGAUCAGGCCAGGAGACAAGCGGCGUCGAUUAAGGUGGCAGUGCAGGCAGAUGGAGACUGCGUCCGAUCAUACCGACCUGAAAUCCAAUCAAGCAACUUCAACACCUUGACUUUGACCUUAAAGACGAAGAGUCCCGACAAUCUGCUCUUCUACUUGGGCAGCAAGACAACGGUGGACUUUCUUGCGGUGGAGAUGCAUGAUGGGAAAGUUUCUCUAGUCUGGGAUGUCGGUUCAGGCAGCACCAAGUUGCAGUAUCCAGGAUUGGACAUCACCAAUAAUAAGUGGACAAGAAUCAACGCCACGCGGAUUGGCGCACGAGGAUUCCUAUUGGUCCAUCAGCUGGAGGCGCCACCCCCGUCACAGGCGGUGACAGCAACAUCACCUGGACCCACCCGCGUUCUAGACAUCGACAACAGCACGGUGAUCCACAUUGGAGGACUGGCAGAUGACUCUCAGAGGCCGGCAGUGUUGCAGUGGUCUACGUUUCAAGGUUGUUUGGGUGAAGCGUCGCUCAAUGAGAAAAACAUCGGAUUGUGGAACUACAACACCAGACAGGGACAAUGUGGAGGCUGCUUUAGCAGUCCACAGGCAGAGGAGACGUCCUUCCACUUUGAUGGUUCUGGUUUCUCAUUGGUCCAAAAGUCUCUUCGAGCCACAUCCACUUCCAUUGUUUUGUUGUUUAAAACGCUGUCUCCAGGCGGAUUACUGCUGUACUUGGCAUCCAACAACACCAGGGACUUCCUCUCCAUCGAGCUGGUGGAGGGCUCUGUCCGUCUGACCUUUGACCUGGGGUCUGGCGCUUUGGUCCUGACCUCCAGCAGGAAGUACAACACAGGAGUGUGGCACAAGGUUACGCUACAAAGGAACAGACGCAAAGGCUACCUCUCUAUCAUGGCGGCUGACCAGUCAUCGGAGAAAGAAGUGUUGGAGGCGGAGUCACCCGGCACCGCCUCCGAUCUGAACCGCUCUGACCUGGACCCCAUUUACAUCGGAGGACUUCCUGCUUCUCGACCAAUCAGGCGACAAGUCGUCUCCAGGUCAUACGUUGGCUGCAUCAAGAACGUAGAGAUCGCGCGGUUGAACUUUGACCUUCUGCGGGAUGCUUAUGGAGUGAGGAAAGGAUGUGUAGUCGAGGCGGUGCGGAGUGUCUCCGUGUUAAGCGGCGGUUUCGUCCAGAUUGCUCCUCGUUCACUUGGCCAGGAGGCGGAGAUUCUCCUGUCUUUCAAAUCCAGUAACCAAUCAGGAGUUCUCCUAGCCGCCCUUACUGAUAAACCCGCUCAGCGACAGCACUUCCUGUCCGUCCACCUGCUCUCUGGUUCUCUGGAGGCAGAGCUCGGGGAAAUAGGCGGGCCCAGUCGGCGUGUGGCGGUCGUGGCACCUGAAGGCGGAUCCUUCGCUGAUGGAACAAAGCACUCUGUCAUCAUUAACAUCAACAAGAAGUCGCUUUCCAUCCAGGUGGACGAGCGAAAUGCCAAGUCAGUCUCACUGUUGCCGGGCGGGUUGUCCCGUCUCGCCACGGCGUCCUUUUUCAUUGGCGGACUGCCUUCAGAGGCGGGGUCUCACUUGCCAAACAAAUUAAAGAACAUGUCCAAGUUGUUCAGAGGAUGCAUCCAACACCUGGUGCUUGGAGGACGGCUUAUAGACCUUUCGGCUGCUGUGAGGUAUGAGGGGGCGGAGCUUGACAGCUGCCUAUUGGAGGAAAGAGUCAGAGGGGCGGUGCUUCCGGAAGAGCAGGAUGUAGAACCCACCCUUGACCCUUCCCACCUGUCAGUAGCCCCACCCACCCACCUGAGUGCCGUGUCACCUGGAGCACUAAUGUGUACGCCAGAAGCCGAGCCGAGCUUCCUGCCUACCGCAGCUCAGUUUGGCUCAACACGACACAGUCACAUGACUUUCGUCAUCGACCCAAUCACUGUGCGCAAAAGCGUGUCCAUACGCUUGUCGGUUCGAAGCCGAGCUCAGGACGGAUUGCUGCUGCUUCUCUCCGACGCCAACCAGAUGGACUUUGCCAUCCUACGGCUGGCGGCGGGGCGGCUGCUGAUGUCAGCUGACCUGGGGAAAGGCGCCACCUCCGCCGUUUCGUCUGCCGCCAUCAACGACGGGAAAUGGCACACAGUCAGCGCCAACAUCAGUCGCCGCCUCGUCUCCGUCUCUGUGGACAGUUUCACUCCGGACUUGGCGACGGUUAAAGGGAACCAGCUGGAUGUUAACAGCAGACUGUACCUUGGUGGACUACCGCACAUGCACAACACUAGAAGGAUCAAUGUCACCACGAGUCUUCCAGGAUGCAUCCACUCUGUCAGUCUGAACGGCGUCACGCUGGAUCUCUCCCGGCCGGCUUCACAGCAUGAGGUCACUUCCUGUUUCAGUAAGGAGGAGACAGGAAGUUACUUUAACGGCAGUGGAUACGCCGCACUCGUGCGGGAUGGCUACAAGGUGGGUUCUGACGUGUCUGUGUCUAUGGAGUUUCGGACGAGCCAAUCAGAGGGCAUCUUGCUUGGUAUUAGCAGUGCAAAGGUGGAUGCCAUUGGACUAGAGAUGAUUAAAGGACAGGUGCUCUUUAACGUCAACAAUGGUGCAGGCCGAGUGUCCGUUCGUUCCGUUGGCCACACGCUGUGCGAUGGACGCUGGCACCGCCUGUUGGCCAGGAAGACCAAACACACCCUGAGUCUGAGCAUAGAUGGGCGGAGCACCACCAUCACAAACCCUUACCCACAAUCCACCUCUGCUGAGACCAACAACCCAGUGUAUUUGGGAGGGUAUCCAGACGGAACCAAACAGAACUGUCUGUCCGUCAAGUCGGCUUUCAGAGGCUGCCUGAAGAACGUGGAGCUCAUCAAGUCUCACCUCAUCACGCCCCUGGACCUGAGCCGCGCUCACGUCUCAUUGGGCGUCACCCCCAACUCCUGUCCUGCUGCCUAGCGACAGUUGAAUAGUCUCUUAAAUGUUUUUAACUAUUCUUUUUCUUCAUCAAA